UGUCUUUCAUUUUGAAGCGGAAGUGGUUUGUAAAGCAGGUCACCACCCAGCAGCCAAAAAUGGACUUCGGCAUCGACAAACUGCUGUCGGACAAGACGUAUUUGGCCAGCUACGCCCCGCACGAGGGCGACUACAAGCGGCGGGGCAAUGCGCGCGCCCUGCUCUACUACGAGUGGGCCUCCCUGCGCAAAUUUUACCGGCACCAGCCGCUCGACUACGUGGAGGACUACUUCGGCGUCAAGAUCGGCAUGUACUUCGCCUGGCUGGGCUUCUACACAUAUGCCCUCAUCCCGCCGGCCAUCGUCGGCAUCAUCUGCUUCCUCUACGGCAUCAUCACGCUUUACGACGACGUGCCCACAAACGACAUCUGCGAGAACAAGGACGUCCUGAUGUGCCCGAUCUGUGACGUGUUCUGCGACUUCUGGCGGCUGAAUGAGACGUGUGUGCACUCGCGGGUCACCUACCUCGUUGACAAUCCGUCCACGCUCUUCUUCGCCAUCUUCAUGUCCUUCUGGGCCGCGCUGUUCCUGGAGUUUUGGAAGCGCUACUCCGCCGAGAUUACCCACCGCUGGGACCUGACUGGUUUCGACGUGAAGGAGGAGCACCCGCGGCCGGAGUACCUCACCAAGCUGAAGGACCUGAGACAGGAGGUGAACGUGGUAACGAAGCAGCUGGAGCCGCAUGUCAGCUUCUGGAAGAUGCGAUUCCCGCGGAUCAUGCUGAGCGUCUCCAUCGUUCUCCUGCUGAUCACCGUGGCCAUCGCCAUCAUCAUCGGCGUGGUGUUGUACCGGCUGUCGGUGCUGGCCUCGCUGGCCUACUGGAAGGACGACUACGUCAGCAGCUACGCCAUGCUCUUCACCAACGCCACCGCGGCCACCAUCAACCUGGUGAUAGUGCUGCUGCUGAAUCAGGUGUAUGACCGGCUGGCUGAGUACCUGACGGACCUGGAGCUGCCCCGCACCCAGUCUGAGUACGACGACAGCCUCACCCUCAAGAUCUACCUGCUGCAGUUCAUCAACUACUACGCGUCCAUCUUCUACAUCGCUUUCUUCAAGGGCCGCUUCCACGGCUACCCGGGGAAGUACAACCGUAUCGCUGGCUUCCGUCAGGAGGAGUGCGGCCCGGGCGGCUGUCUGCUGGAGCUCACCAUGCAGCUGGCCAUCAUCAUGGUGGGCAAGCAGGCGCUGCUCACCAUCUGGGAGAUGGUGCUGCCGAAACUGUUCACCUGGAUCGGGGACCUGAGCAAGCUGCUGACCCAAAGGAAGGAGGACGACCGCGUGCUGCCCCGCUGGGCGGCCGACUUCCGGCUGCUCGACUGGGGGCCCCAGAGCCUCUUCUGGGAGUACCUGGAAAUGGUGAUCCAGUUCGGCUUCGUCACCAUCUUCGUGGCGUCGUUCCCGCUGGCACCGCUGUUCGCCAUCCUCAACAAUGUGCUGGAGAUGCGGCUAGACGCGCGCAAGCUGCUCUCGUUCUACCGGCGGCCAGUGGGCCAGCGUGUCCGCGACAUAGGCAUCUGGUACCGCAUUCUCAACACCGUCGGCAAGCUGGCCGUACUUAGCAACGCCUUCAUCAUCGGCUUCACGUCCAACUUCAUCCCACGGCUGGUCUACCAGAUGAGGGUCAGCGAGAACGGCACGCUCGCCGGCUACAUGAACCACAGCCUGGCCGUGUUCCGCGUGGCUGACUUCCCGGAGCGCUACCGGCCCGUGGUUGACAACGCGACGCGCAUCGAUACGUGCAGGUACCUGGACUACCGGCUGGGCCCGGACGCGGCCGACCCGUACGCGCCGGACACGCUCUACUGGCACGUGCUGGCCGCUCGGCUCAUCUUCGUGCUGAUAUUCGAGAAUGUGGUGUACGUGAUCAUGCAGCUGAUCUGCUGGAUCACGCCCGACAUCCCGCGCAAGCUGAAGGAGCGCAUCCAGCAGGAGAACUACCUGGUGCAGGAGAUGAUCGUCGAGAUGGAGCUUUACCGGGCGCGGGGCGAGGACCCCAGCAAUCUGGGCUGCACCCUGCUGCAGCGACUGGUCGGCGACCCCGAGCUAAGUCUCACGGGAUAAUGGGCAUUCGGGUCUGAAAGCGCUGCUUUGAGAACGUUCCAUAUGAAGCCUUUCGCUGAGAGGUCCAUGCUGAUGGCCGAGCCCACUGAGCGUCAGGCGGUGUCCCGCAACUCGAGCGGCACGGAGAAGGAUCACAUCUCGGACUACGAGUCAGCCAUUCUGACGUGAGCGCC